GUGCCGACAUGGACAGGAUCAUAUGGGCUUAAAGUUGUCUCCGGCGUCCAAGAAACAGUCAGGCAUCGGCGCACACACGCACCAGCAGUAGCCAAGAAUGAAGCUCUUCUUCUUCGCCGUCCUCCUCCCUCUUCUCGCCUUUCCUGUGAUGCUUUACUGCAUCUAUUGUCCCUCCAAGCAGUCCAAGGCGAAACCCAAGUCCGGGACCGGCACCUCCCUCUCGGAGCUUCUCAGGAACAGCCACCGGAUCCUGGACUGGACCACGGAACUCCUGGCCGCCAGCCCCAUCCACACCGUCACCACAUUCAUGGGCAUCGUCACCGCCAAUCCUUCCAACGUCGAGCACAUCCUCAAGACCCGCUUCGACAAUUAUCCCAAGGGUCUCCGCUCCACCACCAUACUCGCCGACUUCCUCGGCCGCGGCAUCUUCAACUCCGACGGCGACCACUGGCGCAUUCAACGGAAGACCGCCAGCCUCGAGUUCAACACCAAGACCAUCCGCACCUUCAUCCUCAGCAAUGUCCGCCUCGCCGUCGCCGGCCGCCUCCUCCGUCGCCUCUCCCGCGCCGCCGCCGCUCGCGAGGUACUCGACCUCCAGGAGCUCCUUGACCGCCUCGCCUUCGACAACGUCUGCAAGGUAGCCUUCGACGUGGACCCCGCCAGCCUCAUCGGUGACGAAGACGACGAAGUCCGCGAAUUCGCCCACGCCUUCGAGGACGCCAUCAACCUCGUGGUGGAGCGAUACAGCCACCCGUUCCUCUUGUCCUGGAAGCUGAAGCGACUCCUCGGCAUCGGCUCGGAGGGGAUCCUCAAGAAGAACAUCGCCGCCGUCCAUCGGUUCGCCAUGCGGGUGGUCCGAUCGAGGAAGGAGGCCGGCGCGGCGGCUCUGGGCGACGACCUCCUGUCCCGGUUCAUCGCGGAGGCGGACUACUCGGACGAGUUCCUCCGAGACAUCGUCAUCAGCUUCGUCUUGGCCGGGCGCGACACCACGUCGGCGACGCUGACCUGGUUCUUCUGGCUCAUCUCGACCCGACCUGCGGUGCAGGAGCGGAUCAUGGGCGAGAUCCGACGGGUCCGCUCGGGGCGCCCGAACCCAGAGGAGGGGGGAGCGUUCACGCUAGAUGAACUGAGGGAGAUGGACUAUCUGCAGGCGGCGCUGUCGGAAACUCUGCGGCUGUACCCGCCGGUGCCCUUGCAGGUGCGGGAGUGCGCGGCGGACGACGAAUGGCCAGACGGCACGCGGGUGGCCAAGGGGAGGACGGUGAUGUACAGCUCGUACGCGAUGGGGCGGAUGGAGGCGAUAUGGGGAGCAGACUGGGGGGAGUUCAGGCCGGAGCGGUGGCUACACAAGGACGUGGAGUUCCGACCGAUGAAUCCGUUUCGGUUCCCGGUGUUCCACGCGGGGCCGAGGAUGUGCUUGGGGAAGGACAUGGCCUACAUCCAGAUGAAGGCGGUGGCGGCGAGCGUGAUGGAGAAGUUCGAGAUCGAGGUGGUAGAUAAGGAGAGAGAGAGGCAGCUGGAAUACAUCAUGAUCUUGAGGUUGAAGGGGGGACUGCCGGUGCGGGUGAGGGAGAGGAACGGUUGAGUUGGGGUGUGGUUAGUUCGUGGAGGGAUGAGCUCGACGAGUUUCUCCCACCAUCUUUCUAUCUUUUGUAAUGCAAUGUUCAUAUCAAUCGGAGUUGAGCUAUGCAGCUGCGAAA